AUGAACUUCAGACUCUCAUCGUUGAUUCUGCUGCUGCUCAUUCCAGGCCCUGCAGCACUGGAUCAGCUCUCUGUGACCUGUGAAAAGAGUAUUUGUGCUGCGAAGGGGUCAGAAGUGACACUGAGCUGCUCUUACUUCAACAUCGAAAUCAAAACUGGGUUCUGGUUCAGCGAGAAACAAAGUACAAACUGGAGAAAAAAUUACAAACCUGAAGAUUUGACUUUAGACUCAGACUACUCAGGACGGGUGAAGCAGACAGUCACAAACUACCAUUCAACACUCACAAUAUCAGACGUGAGAGAGAGAGACUCUGGAGAAUAUCAGCUCAUGUUCAUCAUGAAGGAUGGAGUUAAACAUCUCAGCUCAGCAGCCGUCAAUCUAACAGUCACAGUCCUGCAGGUGAAGAUGAAUCCUGUAUAUACAGACACGAUAGAUGAGAGAGUAAAACUGACUUGUGCCUCUUCCUGCACCUCUGGAGUUUCUUACCACUGGCUGAAGAACGGUCAGGAUUUAGAUACAGAGUCCCGCGAUAUAAUUGUGUCAAUCAGCCCAAAUGCUGUCAAAUUUUCCUGUUUUUUUCAUCCAGACCGAACAAAUGCCUCCUCUUAUCUGUGUGUUUCUCCAAACGGCUGCUGGGAUGUGACUUACUCCUCUAGAAGAGUCUGUGCUUUGGUUGGCUCAACUGUAGACAUUUCCUGCUCAUACUUACAUCCCUCUAGUGAUACUGUAAAUAAAACAUUCUGGCAUUACGGUCGGCCUGACGUAAAGGAUCUGCUUGAGGAGCAUCAGUUUGCUGGUCGUGUGGAGUAUGUGGGGAACAAACUGAGAAUCAAAGAGCUCAAGAGCAGCGACUCUGGAGAAUAUCGAUUCAGGUUCAUCACUGACUCAGACCAAUACUCAGGAUCACCUGGAGUCACUCUUACUGUUACAGAUACACAAGUGACAAGGAGCCCGUCCACUGUCUCAGGAGAAGAAAAAGUGAUAUUAAACUGUUUAACUAAAUGCACUCUGAACAACAAACAUACUUACAUCUGGUACAAGAACGGACGACAGGUAACAGAUGGAUUCACUAAAGUGAACAAGCUGUACCUGGACUCAGUCACCAAUGAAGAGCUUCAACAGUAUUCCUGUGCUGUAGGAGACCAAGAGGAGAGCACAGCUCUAAGAAACACUACUGUCAUACUGUGUGUUUUUUUGACUCUUGCUCUCAUAGGAAUCCUGUGGUAUAGGAGGAGAAUAUGUACUUUGUCUAAAACCCACAUGAUUGAAAAGGGGGAGGAGGAGGUUCAGUGUGGCUCAGUGCACAAUAACACUGCACCCUCUGACUUCACGCAAAAAGCAGAUGCCGACAAUCAAGACAUUCUUUAUUCCAGCAUUAGUUUUGAAAAAAAACAUGCAUCUUCAGUCCCAUACGUUGAAUCUCCAACAGACGAUACAGAAGCAGAGGCUGUCCACUAUGCCACUGUAAGGUUCAAAUAAAACACUGUUGCCUCUGGUGAGCUAAUCAUGUUAUUGCAUUUGGUAUAUCAAAAUAGCAUAAUUAACCAUUGCCCUUGGCAGCUGAUUUCCUACACUGUGGUUUUCUCAUGUAUCUCUCUAUUUGCAUAAUAAAAUAAUUA